CAGAUAUAAAUAAGACCAACACGAAGUGCCUUUACAUUCUACUCAGACGCAGCGUCCGUUGGCAGACAGUGGUCUUUCGACUCCGUGACAUAAUUCAGCCCUCUCUUGGGGACAGUUGUCUCUCGCGCAUAGGUGCACCACCACACAGAAAGGAUUUUGUUCCUCCGGAAUUUGGAAUUUUAUAAGAGGGUACUGCGAAGAAGUGCCGACUGCUUGUCAAUAACCACCAACAGUGGACUGUAAUACCGAGUUGCCGUGCAUGUGUGGAAGGGAUAUUUCAGACGGACAGAAGAUGCCUGCCGAUAUGAUGGAAAAAAACUCAUCCUCUCCGGUUGCUGCUACCCCAGCCAGCAUGAACACGACACCUGAUAAACCCAAGACGGCUUCCGAGCACAGGAAGUCAUCCAAACCUAUCAUGGAGAAAAGGAGAAGAGCCAGAAUCAACGAAAGCUUGGGACAGUUGAAAACACUUAUCCUGGACGCGCUCAAAAAAGAUAGCUCUAGACACUCAAAACUUGAAAAGGCAGACAUCCUGGAGAUGACGGUGAAACACCUCCGGAACCUCCAGAGAGCGCAAAUGACUGCUGCGUUGAACACUGAUCCCACCGUGCUGGGGAAAUACAGAGCUGGAUUCAGCGAGUGCACGAAUGAAGUCACCCGGUUCCUAUCCACCUGCGAGGGGGUUAACACCGAGGUCAGGACGCGGCUUCUCGGUCACUUGGCCAGUUGCAUGACGCAGAUCAACGCUAUGAACUACCCCACACAGCACCAGAUUUCAGCCGGGCCUCCCCACCCCUCCUUCGGCCAGUCCAUGGUACAGAUGCCCAACUCAUCUCCGCAAGGCAACGUGAUGCCCCUGCCUUGUAAAGGUGGCUCUCCCCAGAGCAUGUCACCAGAAGCCACUAAAGUAUACGGCGGUUUCCAGCUCGUACCUGCCACAGACGGACAAUUCGCCUUCCUCAUCCCCAACGCAGCUUUUGCACCCAACGGUCCGGUUAUCCCGGUGUAUGCGAACCAGGUCAACACGCCUGUUCCAGCGGCAGUGUCCCCCGGUGCACCGACAGGCAACUCGGACUCAGUGUGGCGACCCUGGUAGAUAAAAAUAAAUAAAAAAUACACAGUGAAAAUACUUUUCUAAUGACACUCAGUUCGAUCAUUGUUCAAUGUUACAAAACAUUUGUUUUGAUUUUGUUUUUGUACUUUCAAUGCGUUAAGAUGAAAAGAUGCACUAUAUUUGUAUAGCUUAUGAGGGAGUGAAGUUCAUAUUGGAAUGAGAUUUGUAUUGUUGAAGUCUUUUCACUGCAUUUUAUAUUCGAGGUGUCUUUUGUACUGUGUGAUGCCAAAGAUAUGUUGAAUGCCCUUGACGUAAUUCUUCGUUUUGGAAGACAAAUAAAUUUGUAAAGAUAUUGAAAAACA